AUGGGGGGGGCUGGUGACGGGAGAGUUUGGUUGUGGCAAUUCAUAGGCGGGGGUGUUUGGGUGGUCGGGUUGGAGGCCGGUGUGGUCUUUCUGGCGGGAAUGUGUAGGGGUCUGGAGGAAGUGUUGGGUGUUUUGGGUUGUUUGUUGAGGGCAGCUUUUGGGGGUCGAGUGGUGUUUGUUGGCGUUCUGUUUGAAGGGGGAGGGCUUGGGUGGUGGGAGGCUGGCCCAGCUUGUCGUAUGGCUUGGGGUGGGGGGGACCUCGUGUCGGGGGGUUUGGGGUGCUGA